AUGCAAAAUGAAUUAUUAUUUAUGCGGAAAAGAGCUUUUCACCUGCUGCUGCUGCUGCUGCUGCUGCUGCUGCUGCUGGCGCGCAGGGAGCUGGACCAGAAGACGGGGGCGUCUCUGAAGCUGACAGUGCUGAACCCCCGGGGGCGCAUCUGGACGCUGAUUGCGGGCGGGGGGGCCUCGGUGGUGUUUGCAGACACCAUCUGGGAGCUGGGCCUCGGGGAGGAGCUGUGCAACUACGGGGAGUACUCGGGGGCCCCCGGAGAAGCAGCAACGUUCGAAUACGCUAAAACAGUGUUAAGCCUGGUGACUGCAGCGGGGACCUUCCGGCCGGAGGGCAAGGUGCUGCUGAUCGGCGGGGGCAUCGCCAACUUCACUUCUGUCUCCGAGACCUUCAAGGGGAUCAUCAGGGCCCUGCGUUUGUUUGCUGCCAAGCUGUUGGCCUUCAAAGUGCAGGUCUUUGUCCGCAGGGGGGGCCCCGGGUACCAAGACGGGCUGCGGCUGAUGCGCGAGGUGGGCGCGGAGCUGGGCAUUCCCAUGAAGGUUUUCGGGCCCGAGACCUUCAUGACUUCCAUCAUUCCCUUCGCGCUGCUUCCGCAGGACAAGGCCUUUCCGGAGAGCCCGCCGGAGGGCGAGGCUGCGCAGACCGGCGGGGCAGCAGGCAGCAGCAGCGGCAGCGGCGGCGGGGAGGCGAACGGGACGGGGGGCCUGCAGCGGGUGAAGACCUGGAAGGAAGUGUCGCUGGCGGAAGUGGAGAGCAACCCGGUGUUCGCGGAGUGCGUGGAGCGGCUGAACCAGCUGCGCUCGGAGCAGCAGCAGCAGCAGCAGCAGCAGCAGGCGGCGCCCCCCCCGCCCGCCCCCAGCAGCAGCAGCAGCGCGCUGCUGUUCAGCAGCAGCACGCAGUGCGUGGUGUGGGGGCUGCAGACGCGGGCGGUGCAGGAAAUGCUGGACUUCGACCACGUCUGCGGGCGAGGCACGCCCUCAGUGGCGGCCAUCGUCUACGAGUUCUCCGUGUCCCACCUGCGCCCCUUCUACUUCGGCACGGAGGAGAUCUUCCUGCCGGUGUGCCAGUCGCUCUCCGAGGCCGUCUCGAAGAGCCCGGGGGUCUCCGUGCUGGUGAACUUCGCCUCGCUGCGCUCCGCAGCCGCGGUCUGCCGCCAGGCGCUGCAGCACAGCUGCUUCAAAGUGAUAGCGGUGAUCGCGGAGGGGGUCCCCGAGAGAGUGGCCAGGGAGCUGGGCCAGGAGGCGCGCGCGCGCGGCGUGUGCCUGAUAGGCCCCGCCACCGUGGGGGGCAUGCGGCCGGGGGCGUUCCGGAUCGGCAACACGGGGGGCUCUCUGGAGAACAUCAUGAACGCGCGGCUGUACAGGGGCGGCUCCCACCUGCUGCGGCUGCAGCGGGACCCCGACGUGAAGCUGCUGCUGCUGCUGGGCGAGGUGGGCGGCGCCGCCGAGCUCGAAGUCGCCGCUGCGCUCCGGGACGGCAGACUCCGCAAGCCCCUCGUGGCCUGGUGCGUGGGCACUUGUGCGCCGCUGAUGGCCACGGAGGUGGCCUUCGGCCACGCGGGGGCCUGGGCCAGCAGCGGCGAGGAGCACGCCGCGGCGAAGAACGCCGCGCUGCGGGCCGCGGGCGCCCUCGUGCCGGCCUCCUUCCACGCGCUGGGGGACACUGUGCGCAGUCUCUUCCAGCAGCUGGUCCGCAGCGGCGAGGUCGUCCCCAGGAAGGAGACGCCUGUGCCGCGGGUGCCCUUGGACUACGCGUGGGCCAAGAAGAUGGGCCUCGUGCGCAAGCCCAAGGGCUUCGUCUCCACCAUUUCCGACGACCGCGGCGAAGAGCUGCUCUACGCGGGCUGGCCCAUCAGCAGAGUCGUCCAGGAGGACUUGGGCGUGGGCGGCGUGCUCUCGCUCCUGUGGUUCAAGCGGCCCCUCGCCCCCUACUGCUACAGGUACUUGGAGCUGGUGCUGCUGCUGACUGCGGACCACGGGCCCGCGGUCUGUGGGGCCCACAACGUCAUUGUGACGGCCAGGGCUGGCAAGGACUUGAUCAGCUCGUUGAUUGCGGGCCUCUGCACGAUCGGAGACAGGUUUGGCGGCGCCUGCGACAAGGCUGCGCAGCAGUUCCUGGGCGCCUUCCGCAGGGGACUGUCUCCCGCGGAGUUCGUCAGAGACACCAAGGCCAAGAACCAGCUCAUCAUGGGCAUUGGCCACAGAGUCAAGUCCCUCCACAACCCCGACCGCCGCGUCGAACUCCUCAAGAACUUCUGUCUCCAGCACUUCCCGGAGACGCCGCUCGUCCACUUCGCGCUCCAAGUCGAGCAGGAGACCACGCGGAAAAAGGCCUCGCUGAUCCUCAACGUCGACGGACUCAUUGGCGUCUCCAUGUGCGACCUGCUGCUGCACUCCGGCUUCUUCUCCGAGCCCGAGGCCCACGACUACAUCGACAACGGCUGCAUCAACGGGCUCUUCGUCCUCGGCCGCAGCAUCGGCUUCAUAGGCCACUUCCUCGACCAAAAGAGGCUCAAACAGGGACUCUACAGACACGACGUCGACGACAUUGCCUACGUCCUCCCGGGGUACGAGGCCCCCCGCUGA